CAGAACGGGCACCGAAGGUCCCAAAGAAAUCCAAUCGAGAAUUACCUAAAGAGUUAACAGCCCCAAUACUGACAACACCUUCUGUCAUCGCAGGAGCGGACUGCGCCGCCUACUGCGUCCCAUCCAGCGGGAGAACGAAAAUGGAUCUGAAGGAAUUUUGCAACCGACGUUACGUUCUUCACGUCCGCCUCUCCGACUCGCUGCGGCUGGGCAGCUGGUGGCGUUUCCGAGUCUCCGUCCGCGCCGUCUACAGGCCCUCGCAGCGCGCUGGCUGGAGCGGGCGCCAGCAUCUCUGGGUGCCGGACCGCGAGCUGGCCUGCGGCUGCCUGUCGCUGCGGUCGGGGGGCUCCUAUCUGCUCCUGGGCGGUCCGAACGGUGGGAACGGGAGGCGGGAUUCCCGGCUGACAGCCGAACGAGGGUCUGACAGCCUGCCCUGGAGGAGGUCCUGGGGCCCCCGCCUGCGCCGCCUGCGUCUGGCUGAGAGCAAGGGGGGCUGCGUCGGUCCGCGGACCACCCCCACUGUCCGUCCGACUCCCUCCGAUGCUCCCGGAAUAAUUCUGGAUCCUACCUCCCCUCUUGGGGCCUAUCUGGCUCGGUCUGAUUCUCCCGGAAUCCAUCCAGCUCCCUCCGGUGCGCCCGAGAACCCUCAAGAUCCGUACGGCGCUCCCGGGAACCAGCCGGGUCCCUCCAGCCCCCCUGGAGCCGCAGCUAGUCAGUAUGGAUCCCCUUCCUUUCCCCCCAGCUCUCCAGGAAUCCCGCCAGCUCCGUCCUCUCCUCCACGAUCUAACUACCCAUUCUCGACGCCGUCCGGAUCUGUCCGACACUCCCGAGACCUUUCCUGA